AUGCCCCACCAGGACGGUCAAUGAGAGAGCAGUGUUUGGUACUGUCUUGUACGUGUGAGAUGAGAGAGCUGUGUUUGGUACUGUCUUGUACGUGUGAGAUGAGAGAGCAGUGUUUGGUACUGUCUUGUACGUGUGAGAUGAGAGAGCAGUGUUUGGUACUGUCUUGUACGUGUGAGAUGAGAGAGCAGUGUUUGGUACUGUCUUGUACGUGUGAGAUGAGAGAGCUGUGUUUGGUACUGUCUUGUACGUGUGAGAUGAGAGAGCAGUGUUUGGUACUGUCUUGUACGUGUGAGAUGAGAGAGCAGUGUUUGGUACUGUCUUGUACGUGUGAGAUGAGAGAGCUGUGUUUGGUACUGUCUUGUACGUGUGAGAUGAGAGAGCAGUGUUUGGUACUGUCUUGUACGUGUGAGAUGAGAGAGCAGUGUUUGGUACUGUCUUGUACGUGUGAGAUGAGAGAGCAGUGUUUGGUACUGUCUUGUACGAAGGUCAUCUUUACCACGGCAGAAAAACAUUAAGACUGUUGCAUGUACAGUGCCUUCAGAAAGUAUUCAUACACCUUGACUUAUUCCACGUUUUCUUGUUACAGCCUGAAUUCAAAAUUAAUAAAAAAUAUAUAUUUUCUCCCAUCUGCACACACUACCCCAUAAUGACAAAAUGAAAAUAUGUUUUUAGAAAUUUUAGAAAAUAUCUAAUUUACAUAUGUAUUCACACCCCUGAGUCAAUACUUUGUGAAAACACCUUUUGGCAGCGAUUACAGCUGUGAGUCUUUCUGGGUAAGUCUCUAAGAGCUUUCCACACCUGGAUUGUGCAACAUUUGCCCAUUUUUAUUCUUUUCAAAAUUCGUCAAGCUCUGUCAAAUUGGUUGUUGAUCAUUGCUAGACAGCCAUUUUCAGGUCUUGUCAAAACUGUACCUCGCCCACUCAGGAACAUUCACUGUCUUGGUAAGCAACUCCAGUGUAGAUUUGGCCUUGUGUUUUAGGUUAUUGUCCUGCUGAAAGGUGAAUUCAUCUCCCAGUGUCUGGUGGAAAGCAGACUGAACCAGGUUCUUCUAGGAUUUUGCCUGUGCUUAGCUCCAUUCCGUUUAUUUUUAAUCCUGAAAAACUCCCCAGUCCUUAACGAUUACAAGCAUACCCAUAACAUGAUGCAGCCACCACUAUGCUUGAAACUAUGGAGAGUGGUACUCCGUAAUGUGUUGUAUUGGAUUUGCCCCAAACAUAACACUUUGUAUUCAGGACAAAAAGUUAAUUGCUUUGCCACCUUUUUUGCAGUAUUACUUUAAUGCCUUGUUGAAAGCAGGAUGCACGUUUUGGAAUAUUUUUGUUCUGGUCUCGGUGGUUGAAUCUGUGUUUGAAAUUCACUGCUCGACUGAGGGGCCUUACAGAUAAUUGUAUUUGUGGGGUACAGAGAUGAGGUAGUCAUAAUUUUUUUUUAAACACUGUUAUUGCACACAGUGAGUCCAUGCAUCUUAUGUGACUUGUGAAGCAUAUUUUUACUCCUGAACUUGUUUAUUUAGGCUUGCCAUAACAAAGGGGUUGAAUACUUAUUGACUCAAGACAUUUCAGCUUUACAUUUUGUAUUAAUUUGUAAGACUUUUAAAAACAUAAUUUCACUUUGACAUUAUGGGGUAUUGUGUUUAUAGGCCAGUAACAAAGAAAUCUCAACGUAAUCCAUUUUAAUUCAGGCUGGAACACAACAAAAUGUGGAAAAAGUCAAGGGGGUGUGCAUACUUUCUGAAGGCACUGUGUAUCUGUUUUGCCAAGUAAAAUGGAAAAAUACUGGCAUACUCAUUAAAAAACGUUCUCCUCCUUCGUCUUCUUCCUCAUCCUCCUCCUCCUCAUCCAGACAGUAAAUGGUGUUUGUGGAUGUGAACCUAAAUCUGUGUCUCUCUCCCCUCCAGACUCCAAGGCCAUAGUGGAUGGUAACAUGAAGCUGAUCCUAGAUCUCCAUAUUUAUAUAUUACUGUCUCCCCUCCAGACUCCAAGGCCAUAGUGGAUGGUAACAUGAAGCUGAUCCUGGGCAUGGUGUGGACUCUGAUCCUCCACUACUCCAUCUCCAUGCCGGUGUGGGAAGACGAGGUGGACGACGAGGCGGAGAAGAAGACCCCGAAGCAGAGGCUUCUGGGAUGGAUCCAGAAUAAAGUGCCAGACCUGCCCAUCACCAACUUCAGCAGAGACUGGCGGAGUGGCAAGGCCCUGGGAGCCCUGGUCGACAGCUGUGCUCCAGGUAGGUUCUGGAUGGUUCUGGAUGUCAGAGGGUGUGUAGGCCAGGGUGAUUGGCUAUAUGUCUGAACGUCCAACUGGUGGUUAUGAUAAUCCUGUGUGCUUUUGUUAUUGAGGAUUUGUCUUUGUUCAGGUGUUUAGGAGGAGGUUUCUAUAUCGUUAUUGUUGAUCGUGGGAGUGUGGGUUUUAUUGACGUUAUUGUUGAUCAUGGGAGUGUGGGUUUUAUUGACGUUAUUGUUGAUCAUGGGAGUGUGGGUUUUAUUGAUGUUAUUGUUGAUCGUGGGAGUGUGGGUUUUAUUGAUGUUAUUGUUGAUCGUGGGAGUGUGGGUUUUAUUGAUGUUAUUGUUGAUCGUGGGAGUGUGGGUUUUAUUGAUGUUAUUGUUGAUCGUGGGAGUGUGGGUUUUAUUGAUGUUAUUGUUGAUCGUGGGAGUGUGGGUUUUAUUGAUGUUAUUGUUGAUCGUGGGAGUGUGGGUUUUAUUGAUGUUAUUGUUGAUCGUGUGGGUGUUAUUGAUGUUAUUGUUGAUCGUGGGAGUGUGGGUUUUAUUGAUGUUAUUGUUGAUCGUGGGAGUGUGGGUGUUAUUGAUGUUAUUGUUGAUCGUGGGAGUGUGGGUGUUAUUGAUGUUAUUGUUGAUCGUGGGAGUGUGGGUUUUAUUGAUGUUAUUGUUGAUCGUGGGAGUGUGGGUUUUAUUGAUGUUAUUGUUGAUCGUGGGAGUGUGGGUUUUAUUGAUGUUAUUGUUGAUCAUGGGAGUGUGGGUGUUAUUGAUGUUAUUGUUGAUCAUGGGAGUGUGGGUGUUAUUGAUGUUAUUGUUGAUCGUGGGAGUGUGGGUUUUAUUGAUGUUAUUGUUGUGUUUGUGCAGGUCUGUGUCCUGACUGGGAAACAUGGGACAACAAGCCCUCAGACAACGCCCAAGAGGCCAUGCAGCUGGCUGACGACUGGCUGGGCAUCCCUCAGGUGCGAAUAACAGGGUUUUGUCAGGGAGUCUCUAGUCCCCUUAAGACUGGACCAGGGAGUCUCUAGUCCCCUUAAGACUGGACCAGGGAGCCUCUAGUCCCCUUAAGACUGGACCAGGGAGUCUCUAGUCCCCUUAAGACUGGACCAGGGAGCCUCUAGUCCCCUUAAGACUGGACCAGGGAGCCUCUAGUCCCCUUAAGACUGGACCAGGGAGCCUCUAGUCCCCUUAAGACUGGACCAGGGAGCCUCUAGUCCCCUUAAGACUGGACCAGGGAGCCUCUAGUCCCCUUAAGACUGGACCAGGGAGCCUCUAGUCCCCUUAAGACUGGACCAGGGAGUCUCUAGUCCCCUUAAGACUGGACCAGGGAGUCUCUAGUCCCCUUAAGACUGGACCAGGGAGUCUCUAGUCCCCUUAAGACUGGACCAGGGAGCCUCUAGUCCCAUUAAGACUGGACCAGGGAGCCUCUAGUCCCCUUAAGACUGGACCAGGGAGUCUCUAGUCCCCAUAAGACUGGACCAGGGAGCCUCUAGUCCCCAUAAGACUGGACCAGAGAGUCUCUAGUCCCCUUAAGACUGGACCAGGGAGUCUCUAGUCCCCUUAAGACUGGACCAGGGAGCCUCUAGUCCCCUUAAGACUGGACCAGGGAGCCUCUAGUCCCCUUAAGACUGGACCAGGGAGCCUCUAGUCCCCAUAAGACUGGACCAGGGAGCCUCUAGUCCCCUUAAGACUGGACCAGGGAGCCUCUAGUCCCCAUAAGACUGGACCAGGGAGUCUCUAGUCCCCAUAAGUUGUUCCUGACCACAGUGUAUCUUCUUGACUUUUCCUUAUUGCACUGUUUCCUUCUGAGCCAUGUUUGAAUGGUGCAGACAAAUGAUCCUUCUAUUUACCUACCAGGUGGGUGCUGCAUUCAAAGAAUCUUUAUCGAAAUCAAUCAUACAACACGCCCAAAUCACAACACACCCAAGUUAAACCUCUGCAAACAGGAUAGUUUGAACUGGAACUGUUCCAAGAGUUAAUAACAUUAUUUAUACAAUGGGUGGAUCUAGUCCUGGACGCUGGUUGGUUAAAACCACAUUCCAGCCGGUGUCUAUUCCACAAGUUACCACCGGCUAAAUCUAUGACGUUAAAAUGGCUCUGUUAUCCACUGUCUCAUCAGCCCAGCCAGGCAAUUUAUACACUAGAUCUACACUGUAAAAAGCAUCUAGACAUUAUCUCCCAUUUCGUUUAGACUAGCAAUUGGUUUUCAAUAGCGGAGAUUUGUAUAAACCUUGCUGUCUGUCUCUGACAUUGGCAACCUCUAUAGUAGGAACACUUCCUCCAGACUUCCUCUAUAGUACGAACACUUCCUCCAGACUUCCUCUAUAGUAGGAACACUUCCUCUAUAGUAGGAACACUUCCUCUCUAGUAGGAACACUCCCUCCAGACUUCCUCUCUAGUAGGAACACUUCCUCUCUAGUAGGAACACUUCCUCACUAGUAGGGACACUUCCUCUCUAGUAGGAACACUCCCUCCAGACUUCCUCUAUUUUAGGAACACUUCCUCCAGACUUCCUCUAUAGUAGGAACACUUCCUCUCUAGUAGGAACACUUCCUCUCUAGUAGGAACACUUCCGCCAGACUUCCUCUCUAGUAGGAACACUUCCUCUAUAGUAGGAACACUCCCUCCACACUUCCUCUAUAGUAGGAACACUUCCUCUCUAGUAGGAACACUUCCGCCAGACUUCCUCUCUAGUAGGAACACUUCCUCUAUAGUAGGAACACUCCCUCCAGACUUCCUCUAUAGUAGGAACACUUCCUCUCUAGUAGGAACACUUCCUCUCUAGUAGGAACACUUCCUCUCUAGUAGGAACACUUCCUCUAUAGUAGGAACACUCCCUCUAUAGUAGGAACACUUCCUCCAGACUUCCUCUAUAGUAGGAACACUUCCUCUCUAGUAGGAACACUUCCUCCACACUUCCUCUAUAGUAGGAACACUUCCUCUAUAGUAGGAACACUUCCUCCAGACUUCCUCUAUAGUAGGAACACUUCCUCUAUAGUAGGAACACUCCCUCUAUAGUAGGAACACUUCCGCCAGACUUCCUCUCUAGUAGGAACACUUCCUCACUAGUAGGAACACUUCCUCCAGACUUCCUCUAUAGUAGGAACACUUCCUCUAUAGUAGGAACACUUCCGCCAGACUUCCUCUCUAGUAGGAACACUUCCUCUCUAGUAGGAACACUUCCUCCAGACUUCCUCUAUAGUAGGAACACUUCCUCUAUAGUAGGAACACUUCCUCUAUAGUAGGAACACUUCCUCUCUAGUAGGAACACUUCCGCCAGACUUCCUCUCUAGUAGGAACACUUCCGCCAGACUUCCUCUAUAGUAGGAACACUUCCGCCAGACUUCCUCUCUAGUAGGAACACUUCCUCUCUAGUAGGAACACUUCCUCCAGACUUCCUCUAUAGUAGGAACACUUCCUCUAUAGUAGGAACACUCCCUCUAUAGUAGGAACACGUCCUCCAGACUUCCUCUCUAGUAGGAACACUUCCUCUAUAGUAGGAACACUUCCUCUAUAGUAGGAACACUCCCUCUAUAGUAGGAACACUCCAUCCAGACUUCAGUUUGACUUCCUCAAAAAGUUUCCUCUUCUGUGGGUACAAAGGACAGGAAACUUUUUGUUUGAAAUCUGUAAAUUGGAUUAUUAUUUGACACUGACUGGUUUUUCUUACCAUGUGAUGUGAACAGCCAUAGUUAUAGGUCAUGGUCAGCAAAAACUCAGGGCCCUGCUCAUAGUGUGUGUGGUCUGUAGAGGAGAUCUGAUAAUGUUGGUUGUGGUGUCAGUUGUCUGUACUGUAAGUUAUAAUGGUCUUCUGUCCUAGGUGAUUGCACCAGAGGAGAUCAUUGACCCCAGUGUGGAUGAACAGUCCGUGAUGACCUACCUCUCCCAGUUCCCCAAAGCCAAACUGAAGCCUGGUGCACCCCUUAAACCCAAACUCAACCCCAAGAAGGCCCGUGCAUACGGACCAGGUAAAAUAUAUCAUCAGAUAUUAAUAAAUGCCAUGUAGCAGAAACGUUUUAUCCAAAGUGACUUUCAGGUACGGUGAGUGCGUUCAUUUUUAGUAUGUGUGAUGCCUGAGGAAAUUUAACCCGCAACCCUGGCAUUGCUAGGAAUAACUUCUCCGAAACAGCACAAGAUUACUAGGACCCAGACCUAAUAAUGACACACCUUUUUAAGUAAUACUGAGUGCCUGCCAAACUAACACCAUGUAGCUGUCUACACAGAGUGUACAAAACAUUAGGAACACCUUCCUAAUAUAGAGUUGCACCCCCUUUUGCCCUCAGAACAGCCUCAAUUCGUCGGGGCAUGGACUCUACAAGGUGUCAAAAGCGUUCCACAGGGAUGCUGGCUCCAUGUUGACUCCAAUGCUUCCCACAGUUGUGUCAAGUUGGCUGGAUGUCCUUUGGGUGGUGGACCAUUCUUGAUACACACGGGAAACUUUUGAGUGUGAAAAACCCAGCAGCGUUGCAGUUCUUGACACACUCAAACUGGUGCGCAUGGCACCUACUACCACACCCCGUUCAAAGACACUUAAAUAUUUUGUCUUGCCCAUUCACCCUCUGAAUGGCACACAUCCAUAAUCCAUGUCUCCACUGUCUCAAGGCUUAAAAAUCCUUCUUUAGAACACUACCUGCCUGACUGCAUUGUGCCAACUGUAAAGUUUGGUGGAGGAGGAAUAAUGGUCUGGGGCUGUUUUUCAUGGUUCGGGCUAGGCCCCUUAGUUCCAGUGAAGAGAAAUCUUAACGCUACAGCAAACAAUGACAUUCUAGACGAUUCUGUGCUUCCAACUUUGUGGCAACAGUUUGGGGAAGGUCCUUUCCUGUUUCAGCAUGACAAUGCCCCCGUGCACAAAGUGAGGUCCAUACAGAAAUGGUUUGUCGUGAUCGAUGUAGAAGACUUGACUGGCCUGCAGAGCCCUGACCUCAACCCCAUCGAACACCUUUGGGAUUAAUUGGAAAGCCGACUGCGAGCCAGGCCUAAUCACCCAACAUCAGUGCCCGAUCUCACUAAUGCUCUUGUGGCUGAAUGAAAGCAAGGCCCCGCAGCAAUGUUCCAACAUCUAGUGGAAAGCCUUCCCAGAAGAGUGGAGGCUGUUAUAGCAGCAAAGGGGGGAUUAUUAAAGUGACUAGUGUUCCAUUUCUUAAAGUGGCCAGUGAUUUCAAUAGGCAGCAGCAGCCUCUAAUGUGCUAGUGAUGGCUAUUUAACAGUCUGAUGGCCUUGAGAUAGAAGCUGUUUUUCAUUCUCUCGGUCCCAGCUUUGAUGCACCUGUACUGACCUCGCCUUCUGGAUGAUAGCGGGGUGAACAGGCAGUGACAUCGGGUGCUGUAUGUGUCUUGGAGGGAGGGUAGUUUGCCCCCAGUGAUGCGUUCGGCAGACCGCACCACCAUCUGGAGAGCCCUGCCGUUGUGGGCGGUGCAGUUGCCGUACCAGGCUGUGAUACAGCCCGACAGGAUGCUCUCAAUGGUGCAUCUGUAAAGGUUUGUGAGGGUUUUAGGUGCCAAGCCAAAUUUCUUCAGCCUCCUGAGGUUGAAGAGGCUCUGUUGCGCCUUCUUCACCACACUGUCUGCGUGGGUGGACCAUUUCAGUUUGUCGGUGAUGAGUACGCCAAGGAACUUGAAGCUUUCCACCAUCUCCACUGCGGUCCCGUCGAUGUGGAUAGGGGGGUGCACCCUCUGCUGUUUCCUGAAGUCCACGAUCAUCUCCUUUGUUUUGUUGACGGAGAGAAUGAAAGCACUGUGAUGUAUUUUCCAUCCGAUCGGGUCCAUCUAUAUGCUACAGUACCAGACCCCUGGUCUCUAAUGUUUGGACCCACAUGCUGCUAUUUGGCUCCCAGCUACCUCCAUGUAAUACAAGUCCUGUAAUUCACUUUGCUUUUAAUCUCGUCACACAGCCGUCUAUGAAAGAAGAGAACACACUGUUCUCUGACUGACACUUUAAUGGCACCACGUUCCAAAUAAAAGUGAUUCAAUCAUAAAGGGCUGGAGUAAGCAGUGCUGGUUUUUAUGUUCUUACUGGAAGUUAAUCAAUCUAUUUAUGUCAUUGAUUAGCCAGAGAUUCCACUCACCAAGUGAUCUGAUUCCGAAUCAUUCCCUGAAGGAUGAAGACCAGCAGCGCUACAGGUCUCCUGUAUCUUCUACAGUAUCCGGUGCGUUAAUCAGUCUGUUCUCUCCCUCCCCUCCCCCUCCCUCCCAGGUCUGGAGCCAGUAGGUAACAGGGUGAUGCGUCCUGCUAACUUCACGGUGGAUGCGUUCAGUGCAGGUCAAGGGCAGGUCACGGUCUACGUGGAGGACCCAGAAGGAACCCGAGAGGAGGUGAAGGCAGUUCCUAACGAAGGGAAGAAGACCUACAGUGUCACCUACAUACCCCAGGUCAUGGGCCCUCACAAGGUACCGUACAGACACUCCCUUUGUUCACAUCCAUACGACUAACUGAUCUAGGUCCGUUGCGGUGACCGCAUUACCGAAGGUCACAAGUCAUGAAGACAGUCAAAUUCCACUUGACCGUUUAGUCACGGUAACUAGGCUUCUCCAAGCUCUGAUGCUGCUGGUCAUUAGUAUCCUACCAAACCUGCUAACUGCCUGGUACUCAGCACUCUAUUGUCCCUCUAAUCACUCUGACAUCAAUGCAAAUGUAAUCGAAAAUCUAAUCAAACACUUCAUGAGAGCCCAUGAGCUCAUGUUGCGCAACAUUUCUAUAGGCUAUGCAAUUGCAUGAGAAAACAGAGUGAUGGCCUCUAUUAAAAAGAGGAGGAUCCCAUCAGCUUUCUAUAGGCUAGGCCUACUAUAUUUAUUUCUCAACUUUCCUAAUAUUAAGCACAUGGCUUCUCUUUACAACAGGAGUAUAGCCUACCUGGCUGGCAUGAAAAUGAAUCACGGGAAAAGCGUCCUCCAUUUGCUAAUUAAGUGCAUAGAUUACAUGUAUUUUUUCCAGCUGCCCCUGUUCCGAGACAGGUGCAUGAUAAUGGUCCAUUCUAAAUCAAUACAAAUUUCACACAUAUAUUAUUUAGUAUAUGUAAAGACAAGAUUAAAUCAAGAAUAGUCUGAUGGGUGACUAUCAGCCUAUCACUUGUGAAUUAUAUAUUAUCACUGAAUGAUGCCCAGCGUAAGAAACAAUGCCUUUUUCUCAUGUAGCCUAGCCCAUAGGCCUAUAUGUUUUAAUAAGGUUUGUAUCACAACUAAAGUGGCCAAAUAACGUCUUAAAAUUAAGCACAUGAAUCCGCUUUACAAGGGGUUUAGAGCCUAACUGGCAUACAUAAGCAGCGCGUGAGUUUCAAGUUUGGGGAAGAUACAUUUCACCAUAGAAAUGCACCUUUUAUAAUAAAAGCAUUACAUGCAUAAUCGCAUUUGCGGUCACUUUUGAUAAUGGUGUUUUCCUGCUAAUGGAACAUUCCCGCUUAUAGCCUACUGCCGUGUGCGUAUUGCUGUGCUUAUAAUGUGAAGAAAUAGCCUAAUAGUUUAUCAACAUUUUAAGCUAAGCGUUCUGAUCUGUUGGGUCACCCUCAUUGCGUAAAAAAGGUUUUUUGAUGCUUGUGGUUGUAUUAAUUUGGGCACUAUUGAAUCCCGCAAUGUUUGAAAUAUUUAUUUAUCUCACAGAAUAGAAUAGGUUGACUUUUGUACUAUGGGGGAUAGUAGAUUGACAUAGGCUAGUGCUUUUGCUGUUCGUUAGGUCUACUCAUCUUUUUGGCUGGCGAAAAGUACAUGUGGACAGUUCUUCCAAUAUCUUCAAUAUGCACCUCGGAAUUUGAUAAAGACGUGCGCAGUUGCGUCCCCGAUGUGUCUGUCUUCACUUGUAGCUUGUGUGAAAGACCUGAUCACGUGACUGAGAGCCAUGUGAGUGAGAGGCGCUUCAGACCACGCAGCACUCAGGGAGAAGGGAAUUAUAAUUAUUAUAUUUAGCCCAAGGGCACAAAAGGGAUGGAUUUUUGUCAGCGGGAAAUUUGAGGCAUUAUCAAGUGCUUGUCAAAUAGUGAAUGAGAGACUGAUGAAGUGUGUACAGCCUGUGCAAAAAAACAAAGCAGAGCUCACGCCUUUCAAGCAACUUUUUUCAAAUCAUCAAUAGUCGCAUCAUGCAGCCUUACAAUGUAUUAAAAAUCAAAACAUAUAGCCCAACGUUUGUAGAACAACUAAAGUUACAUUAAUAACUCUAAAUUAAGCAUUUAGGAGUACCUGUUUCUUUGUUAACCGCUCAACACAGAAUAGCCGCAUGUGCUCACUCCCUCAAAUCUUCUGGAGAAAAUAUCCUUAAUAUUUUAUUCAGCUUUGUUCAAUUGUUUUCUUCACACUAUAAAAUAAUAUAAAAUAAUGCCAUGGAAUUCUAAGCAGAUCUUGUCUGCUAAAUGAACUAGUGUAGCCCACAGCCAUAUGGCAUAUCCAGAUCAGGACCUAACAUAAGGACAACUCAGAGGAUGCUAUUCUGUUCUUCUGAAAUAGACUACAUUUUCUUCAUAUCAUGUUUCUUUAGACCUGUCUAAAAUAAAUAAUGGAUUUAUUGUGAAGGUGUAGGCUAUAUUACAUGGAUUUAUUAGACUUUUUAACAUGUAGAUGUUCCAAAGGUCUGCAUCAGUGGCUUGUUAAUUAAUGGUCAAUUACCGGCUGACAAUUUCGUGACCGCCACAUCCCUACCCACAACAGCACCUCGGGGGCGGCAGGUAGCUUAGUGGUUAAGAGCGUUGUGCCAGUAACCGAAAGGUCGCUGGUUCUAAUCCCCGAGCCGACUAGGUGAAAAAUCUGUCGAUGUGCCCUUGAGCAAGGCACUUAACCCUAAUUGCUCCUGUAAGUCGCUCUGGAUAAGAGCGUCUGCUAAAUGACAAAAACAAUUUAAAAAAAUUAAAAAUAAAAAAUCUUCACUUUUCAUUUGGCAAGCUCUUGAUUCAGUCCUAGAGUCAAGUUCUUCACUUGACUGUUGAGAGCUUGUCAGAUAUUGUUUUUAUUGCGUCUAAACUGUUUGACUGCAUUAGAUACUGCUUCUGCAAAGAUGCUUUCUGACGUCGUUGUUGUCUGAUCCUGUCUAGGUGACAGUGCUGUUCGCAGGCCAGCAGAUCCCCAAGUCUCCGUUUGAGGUGAGUGUGGACAAGGCUCAGGGAGACCCCACCAAGGUUACAGCUAAAGGGCCUGGACUGGAACCUAUAGGGAACAUCGCCAACAAACCUACCUACUUCGACAUCUACACUGCAGGUUGGUUCUCCUCCCACAGCUCCUUCUGUUAUUUAGGAUAACUGACUCCAAAUAAGGAAUUAUUUGUGUACUGUAUGUAGGACCGCAUACGCUGGGUUGUUUAACUUUUUGUGUGUUUUUUUUAUUAGCAUUUUGAAGAUGGUGCUUUUUAGACUGGUCCCAGAUCUGUAUGUUUCUGGCAUGAAAACGAAUCUACAUUCUAGGUGCUUGGGUUAAAGUGUUGCUAUGUUCCAGGGGCUGGAGUGGGAGAUGUGGCAGCUGUCAUCAAGGAUCCUCAGGGCAGACCGUCGGUGGAGGCCAUGGUGGAGGAUAAGGGAGACAGUGUGUUCAGGUGUACCUACAAGCCCACCCAGCAGGGUCCUCACACCGUCACCAUCACCUUCGGAGGCAUCGCAAUACCCAAGAGUCCUUCUACUGUCAACAUCGGACCAGGUGAACUCUAACCUUAAGUGUUAAACCCUGUCUAAGCCGGGUGGGGGUGGGGGGGGGGGGGGGGGGGUUCUACUAGGUUAUAUAGAAUUGUUUUAGCUAUCUGAUUUUGCAUUUUAAAACCCCUUGAAGUAUCAAAAAAAGAUAUGUAAAAAAAUUAUUACUUACUGCUAUUAUCCCAUACAAACGCAUUGAAUAACAGAUAGUCCCAAAAAAAUCUAAAGGAAGUUUGUUCUGAAGUGUCUAUCCUAUAUCUGAGAGAUAAAAGAAAGAUCAGGAAACAUUCUUUCAUUAAACAUUUUUUUUUUUUUAUACAUGUAUUUAACCCCUUAUUUUAGUCACUAAACAGUCUCCAUAUAUACGCCCGUUUUAAUUUUUCCGAGUGGUACCGGGGGACCUUCAGAUGAGUCUUGUGAGGCCUGUGGGCGUCCUAGAGCAAAUCAACCGACGUGUUCGUGAGAUUCUCACCUUUACACAGAACCUAAACCUUCUAAACCUUCUGAAUGCAAUCCAGCCAUUUUUACAUUUUCGACCCUUCUAAACCUUCUGAAGACAAUCCAAUGUUUCAUUUAAGAGCUUUAUUUAGAUUCUAGAACCCUCGUUCCCCAGAUUUAGCCUACGUACAGAACUCUGGCUACACUCCAUAACUCUGGGUCUGACAUAAUUGGGUGAACAUUUUUUGUCUCGUUAGUUUCCGCUGAGCGGUCAGCUGCCUCCCCCGCCUCACCCCUCCUGCCUCACCACCUACAGUAUUUACUCCCCCCCCCCCCCCCCCCCCCCCCCUAGCCUCACCCUCUCUGGGGGAGGUGACCUGGCUCGACUCUGGCUGGUGGACAGAAGGAGAGGAGAGCAGGAAGCUCCAGCAUUAGGACUAAAGGCUAGAAGGAGAGGAGAGCAGGAAGCUCCAGCAUUAGGACUAAAGGCUAGAAGGAGAGGAGAGCAGGAAGCUCCAGCAUUAGGACUAAAGGCUAGAAGGAGAGGAGAGCAGGAAGCUCCAGCAUUAGGACUAAAGGCUAGAAGGAGAGGAGAGCAGGAAGCUCCAGCAUUAGGACUAAAGGCUAGAAGGAGAGGAGAGCAGGAAGCUCCAGCAUUAGGACUAAAGGCUAGAAGGAGAGGAGAGCAGGAAGCUCCAGCAUUAGGACUAAAGGCUAGCUGAACCGAACAAGUGUGCUCGCUACUCUCUUAAAAGACCUUCGCUUGAAAAAGGAGAAAAAAGCGGCAAUAGUACUGUUUGUCUAUUUUGAGACACCGUAGCAGUAUACACUUCCUUAAAAUAGUCAGAAUGAAUCUAAGAUAACUCAAGAAAUCUGUCAUUUAUUUAGACGUUUUUGCAGAGGAUAGUCGCGGAAUUUUACAUGUAACGAAGAUGUUUGAUGCAGUAUUUCUAAAUGAAAAAAAUGGUGGUCUCUCGUUGAAUGACAACAGACUUUAUUGAAGAAUCCCUACUGUUGACUAAUCACCGACGAGGGGGUGUGGACUUCGGCUCCGAACUUUGGCUUGCCUCCAGAAAAAAUGUGUGCCCAAACAGCCUUAAAAAAACUCUCACCCAAGUCACAAAAUGUCAUCAGAAUAUAUGCACAAACUCUUCAGCACUGUUUCGGCUGGGAAGCAUGCGGACACCUCAAGCCUCAAGCCAGGACAAGCCGUGUUCAGCCCCUCUCCUCUGCCCUCCUCCUCCUCCUGCAACUCAUAAAACACUAAAUUCCAUCUCCCUGAUGCAGCUUUUCCACGCCACACCGACCUCACGGCACGGUACAACGCAGCAUCGUGACCCUAAAACCUCUCGCUUUACAGACCCGUAAAUAGAUUUUCCAAAAAUAAAGGAUUUGUGUAGUCAUUAUUGUUUUUAUUCAAAUGAAUAACUGAUACAGAUAACUGAAUGAUAAGUGAAUCAGAGAGGCUGUUGUUGAAUUGGAAAGUGAGGCUGUAUUUAUUGUGUUUAUGUCUGGAAACCCCCUCCAACUUCAAGCCUUCUCAGUUUGGAAGCAGAUUUCAGGAGGUUAAAGUCUUGAUGUGGUUCGUGAGGUAGAGUUGAGACUUGUAGCCUGCGUUCCAAAUAGCACCCUAUUCCCUAUAUAGUGCACUACUUUAGACUAGAAUGGGGAAUAGGGCGCCAUUUGGCACACAGUCCUAUACUUUUGGUUCUUUGGUCAUGUUGAUUGUAGGGUCUGAAUGCAGCCCCUGUUCAUUCCAACUGCUUUAUGCCUUAUAGUACAGUCUUCUCAGCACCCCUUCAUUCCAACUGCUUUAUGCCUUAUAGUACAGUCUGCUCAGCACCCCUUCAUUCCAACUGCUUUAUGCCUUAUAGUACAGUCUGCUCAGCACCCCUUCAUUCCAACUGCUUUAUGCCUUAUAGUACAGUCUUCUCAGCACCCCUUCAUUCCAACUGCUUUAUGCCUUAUAGUACAGUCUUCUCAGCACCCCUUCAUUCCAACUGCUUUAUGCCUUAUAGUACAGUCUUCUCAGCACCCCCUUCAUUCCAACUGCUUUAUGCCUUAUAGUACAGUCUUCUCAGCACCCCUUCAUUCCAACUGCUUUAUGCCUUAUAGUACAGUCUUCUCAGCACCCCCUUCAUUCCAACUGCUUUAUGCCUUAUAGUACAGUCUUUUCUCAGCACCCCUUCAUUCCAACCGCUUUAAUGCCUUAUAGUACAGUCCUUCUCAGCACCCCUUCAUUCCAACUGCUUUAUGCCUUAUAGUACAGUCUUCUCAGCACCCCUUCAUUCCAACUGCUUUAUGCCUUAUAGUACAGUCUUCUCAGCACCCCUUCAUUCCAACUGCUUUAUGCCUUAUAGUACAGUCUUCUCAGCACCCCUUCAUUCCAACUGCUUUAUGCCUUAUAGUACAGUCUUCUCAGCACCCCUUCAUUCCAACUGCUUUAUGCCUUAUAGUACAGUCUUCUCAGCACCCCUUCAUUCAUUCCAACUGCUUUAUGCCUUAUAGUACAGUCUGCUCAGCACCCCUUCAUUCCAACUGCUUUAUGCCUUAUAGUACAGUCUGCUCAGCACCCCUUCAUUCCAACUGCUUUAUGCCUUAUAGUUCAGUCUUCUCAGCACCCCUUCAUUCCAACUGCUUUAUGCCUUAUAGUACAGUCUUCUCAGCACCCCUUCAUUCCAACUGCUUUAUGCCUUAUAGUACAGUCUGCUCAGCACCCCUUCAUUCCAACUGCUUUAUGCCUUAUAGUACAGUCUUCUCAGCACCCCUUCAUUCCAACUGCUUUAUGCCUUAUAGUACAGUCUUCUCAGCACCCCUUCAUUCCACCUGCUUUAUGCCUUAUAGUACAGUCUUCUCAGCACCCCUUCAUUCCAACUGCUUUAUGCCUAUAGUCCCCUUCAUUUCGCUGGGUCAGUGAACAUUACAUUACCAACCAGACAGAUUUAGACAGCCCCUGUUCGCAUGGAGGACUUGGUGCCAGCUGUGGCUUCAGAGGUAUUUUGCAUGGAGGACUUUACUCACUGUGAUGACACACUACUACCAAUACAUGAAUGAACAAACCAAAUGAAUGAAUGCGUUUCAGAGCUGAAGUGAUUCUUGUAAUAAAGUCUUCUCUUUUGUCUUCUGGGUUUCAGCGUCGAUGCCAGGGGCGUGUCGUGCCACAGGGCGUGGCCUCCAGCCCAGAGGGGUCAGAGUUAAACAGGUGGCUGACUUCAGAGUGGACACCACGAACGCAGGGAGUGGGGACCUAAAGGUCACAGUCAAAGGACCC